AUGUUUGGAACGCUACAUUUGGACCUGCAGAACAACAAUCCUGAGUUCAUCCAACAUGCUGAUGGAGUGGCUUUCAUGCCGCGCGAGAAAACUGAAGUGCAGCGGACAGAAAACUGGGUGUACGCGGUGCAAGGCAACCGCAUUAACAUGCACAUAUUCGUCCAUCUACGACGCUGGCGAGCGGCGCCGCCGACGGGCAGCCAGCCAGAAAAACAUGGGGCAGAACCAGAGCCAGAGGCAGGGAAACACUGGCUCUUCUGCAGGAAGCAAUAUCCCGGCACGAUCCCCAUGAGAAUCAAGGAUACUGCCUCAAUCCCCUUUACCCAAUCUGAACCAGGAGAUCCUAGACGAACUGCUUCCGAUGCAAGAGUUCGCCCCGGACUCGACUCCGAUAUCCGUAUCCGUCCCUGGGCUGGCCUUGAAGAACGAAUAUUUAUUGGGCAUUGGCAGCGACAAGCUACUGCUUCCAGACACUCUCGGCAUAUCGACUCCGAACAGCUCGUGCUUCCGAACUGCGAUCUCCCAGCGCACCGUGAAUCGACUGACACAUCACUGGACUCGACCCUGGCCUGGCAAAAAGAGGCCCGCACAAAUUGCUUGAAGAUGCUCCGAUGUAAGCACUGCAAUUCCCGGUCGGACUACAUGAUGCUUCUUACCGUUGUGUGUGAUAAGCUCGCCACGCUCAGCGGCAAGGUUAUUGCCAUUUACCUGCAGCAUUGCAACAAGAAUCCCCCAGAGGCGACCAGGUUUCCAACCCCUUCUUGCUCGCCUCCCAAAAGCAGCAACAAGAAUCCUCCCAACGGGAUGUUUGUGGGGAACUAUGAAAUUGACAAUCCGAGCGAAUGGUCUAGCGUUAUGAGUGUUUUAAUGCGAAUACAACUGCGCAGUCUGUGGUCGCUGAUGCAAGAAGCGAAGACGGUCGCCUACAUGGCGUCUUUGAGCACACAGCUGGCCAAGUUGCAGGAUACGGAGCACCGGGUGUCCAAAUUGAUAGACGUUUGGAAGAUUUGA